AAUAUCUCCGCCUCCCGGUUAUCGUUCUACCUGAGCAGCCGUUCUGUCUUCGGCCCUCUUUCAACAGAAGGCACAGGCCCGUGUCAGCAGCCGUGUCCUGUCACCGCUCUCCAUCUCAACUGCUCAGGAGCAGGGCUUUAUUAAGCAAUUAACAUUCAUUUCCAAAGUUUUCCUCAUAUCUUGUUCCCUGAUCGAGAUACGUACGCAGCUGUCUACAUGUAACAAGUUUGACAUUCAUUCCAAUCUUUGUCGACUUGAGUGUUUUAUUUACCGAGGCUGGCUCUUCAUUAUUUCAUACGGGCGUUACCGCUGGGUGCUCCUGCUUGCUCGACACAUGCAACUCUCUACUACGGCCGCCAUCCCAACCAUAGUUCUCAACCAGUCAAGAUGACGCAACCAUCCAGUUUACGUCUAGAGCCCAUCCGUUUCGUUCUGCCCAGCAGUCUUCAACGGUUCGAUUUAUUCUGGAAAUUCCCGUACGAUAUACGACAUAUGAUCUGGGAAUAUGUCAUCUUCACGCCUGGCAUUCAUUUUCUCAAAUUCGUCGAGACCGCCAAUACAGCAACUGUACACACGCGUACCUCCGCAGGAGCCAAUAGUAAUGGGCCUCCUGUGACUCUGCUCGACCGACACACCGAGGGAACACGGGAUUCCGAGACCUUCCCUCAUACUGCCACCUUGAAACCUAUCUACCCCUUAGCAAAUGCCGACAAUUCAUAUUACACUGCCCUGAACAAGACUCUGGCCCGCCUUCACGACUCUUGUAACGAAGCCGCGGUAUUGGUUGAGAAAGUGCUUGCUCAGCCUGGAAAUCUAACCUUAAAUGACGGGCAACUUGCUAUGCUCCAACGAUCCUCAGAUGUUGUCUGUAUCGAUUAUCCUAAUAUGAUUCAUGCGCGACAUCUCGGUCACUGGGCAGAACAGCUGGACCUUGAACAGCUAGCUAAAAUCCGUCGACUAGCCGUUCGUUACCAUCAUGAGUGGGAUGGACAGGAUAUAGUCUGUGGCUACUGCGGACGUGUCCAUUCUUAUCAUGGAAAACACUCUAAUCCUCGACAUGUUUACGAAUUUGCCGCUCUUUUCAAGAAUCUAAAAGAGUUCUACUUCAUCGAUUAUUUGACUAUCCGCAGCCCAUCACGAUCUCCCCUUCAAUCGGACCAAAAACAAAAUUCUUAUGGGCCCGGCAGGCGAUUUGCUGGUAGUGGAGGCGGCCGAACGUACUUCGAAGUAUACCCAGAAGCCUAUAAAACGCACACGCGCGUGCGUGAAACAUUGUCGUGGCUUCGCAACAACUAUAUUGUCCACUGCAUGAGUAAAUCUCAGGGUCCUGCACGUCCAGAACAGGUUCGGUUUGGGAUCUUGGGAUGCGAGUGGGAUGCGGAUCAAAAACUAACAACCCCGAAACGCCCCGGAGCCCUGACAACUCCAGCCAGCAGAAAGCGGUCAAGGAAGCGCACACGCAGUCUUGAAUCGUGCUCACAGAACUCUUCCACCGUUAGCUACGGUCCAUUGCCUCAGCCCACGAAUGUCAGCACCUUCCCUAUCGUUUUCGGCGACGCUAGAAACUCGACUCUCAACUUCAGCCUAGAAAUAUCCCAUUAGAAUCAAGUCCACCUACACCUACGGACAGCAGCUUCUACGAGGUAUAUGGGUUUCGAGCUGCUUGUUCGUGUAGGCUAAACGCAGGAUUUAUUUCAUCUUUC